ACAGUCAAAAUGCCCUCCUCGUUUUUCUCAUUUGUUGGAGCUAUCUAGCUAGCUAGUUAGAAGAAGAAAUGAACAAAACCAUGGAAGGGCUCUACUCUUUUCUUUAUUUAAUCUUAAUCUUGACAAUCCUCUUCUCUCUACACACCCAGAUCGCUGACAAAUUACUUAUAGGCCACCACCCUCUUCACCUCAAGAAAUCCCCACAUCUCCCUCUCAGGUUCAGCUCUGAUGGAACCUUCAAAAUCCUUCAGGUGGCUGAUAUGCAUUAUGGAACUGGGGUGCUGACAAGUUGCAAAGAUGUGUUAGCUUCUGAGUUUCAUUAUUGUUCUGAUCUUAACACCACUCAUUUUCUUAAGAGGAUCAUUGAAGCCGAGAAGCCUGAUUUCAUUGCUUUUACAGGAGAUAAUAUAUUUGGUUCAAGCACUCCUGAUGCUGCUGAAUCUUUGCUUCGUGCCUUUGCACCUGCCAUGGAAUCUGGACUUCCAUGGGCAGUGGUUUUAGGAAACCAUGACCAAGAAUCUACCAUGACUCGACUAGAAUUGAUGUCUUUCAUAUCACUAUUGGAUUACUCAGUAUCACAAAUCAAUCCAUCAGUGGAAGAUGCUUCUAGUGCAGCCAAAGGCGAUACGAUAACAGAUAUUGAUGGCUUUGGAAAUUAUAAUCUCAGGGUAUAUGGUGCUCCAGGUUCACAUUCAGCUAACAGAACUGUUCUUGAUCUUUUCUUUCUUGACAGUGGAGACAGGGAGGUUGUUCAAGGAGUUAGAACUUAUGGAUGGAUUAAGGAAUCUCAACUUCGUUGGCUUCAUGGUGUUUCCAAGGGUUAUCAGGACCGAAAGGAGGACUGUCAUCUCCUGGAAGGGGCUUCACCAUCAGCUACACCCACACGCUGUGCAUUGGCAUUUUUCCAUAUCCCAAUUCCAGAAAUUCGACAGCUAUACUACCAAAAGAUUAUUGGCCAGUUUCAGGAAAGCGUGGCUUGUUCAUCAGUUAACUCAGGAGUCUUACAGACCCUUGUAUCCAUGGGAGAUGUGAAGGCUGUGUUCAUGGGCCAUGAUCACAAGAAUGACUUUUGUGGGAAUUUAGAAGGUAUAUGGUUUUGUUAUGGUGGAGGCUUUGGGUAUCAUGCUUAUGGAAUAGCUGGGUGGUCAAGGAGAGCAAGGAUCAUAUUGGCAGAACUUGAAAAGGGUGAGAAGUCUUGGAUGGGAAUGGAGAGGAUCAGGACAUGGAAGCGUCUUGAUGAUGAGAAGUUGAGCAAGCUUGAUGAACAAGUCUUGUGGGAAUUACACCAUGCAAAAUGACUUGAUUGCAGCAGAUAACCUCAGCACUAUUUUUGAAGAUGAAUAUUGUGGUAGACUGGUGAAUUCUUCUGAAACUUUGGAGCAAAAAGAGCAGACCAUUUAUGCAAGGUGGGAGAAUGUUGUAGUAGAAAGAUGAAUUCUUCUGAAUUUUCUGAAUGAAGGAUUUGUGAUAUUUUUUUCGGAGGAUAGCACAUUUUGUUACGUAUUGUAGCAAGGUGUGAUGCGAACACGCUGUAAAAUAUUGGUUGAACGGAAUUCACUCUAGCUAGGAAUAUUGCAGCGCCUUGCUCUCCAGUUACUUUCAUUUUAUGAAAGGAUAAUGCAAGAGGUAAUUAAUUUUUCACUAGCAUUGUUUUAC